GUCGAGCAUCGGGAACCGGCGAUUCGAGAGAUUCUGGCAGAGCAAGUGUCUUGGAGGAUCAAGCCGAAGAACCUGUACCUACCUCUCCAAGGCCCUUGGGAAGACAACAAACCGCCCCGAGUCUACCUCUUGCCACACGACUUCUUUACGUUGGAGAACUUGUUUGGCAGGCCCUUGGGAAGACAACAAACCGCCCCGAGUCUACCUCUUGCCACACGACUUCUUUACGUUGGAGAACUUGUUUGGCAGAUUGACGACACUGUCUUCGUCGGAUCACAGGAUGCAGUGGCUAACAUGAAUCUGUUGUGUCGCUUAAAUAUCGAAUUUGUUUGCGAUCUCUGCAACGAGGAUGGAGAGGAGGCUAAUAGGAGGCGGUACGACUGUCCGUGUCUCUGUCCUCGUCGAUCGCAACACUUCCGGUAUUUUGUAGCAAUGGAUGUGCCGGAAACCGAGAAAAAAUGUAUAGAUUCAAAGAUCAACAUGACUGUGCUAUUCGACCAGUUUUGUGAUCUUGUAGAAAGGGGACGAAAAGCCGGGAAAUCAGUACUUGUCUGCAGUGCAAAAGGAAGGAAUAGGGCUCCGGCAUUCUGUGCAGCUUACCUGAUAAGUAAAGAAAGAAUGACUCGCCAGCAGGCUGUUGCCAAGGUCCUCGAGCAGGUAAAAAUCACUUUCCAUCACUGCUACUUUUCAACGGAUCUCAGAUUUACUCUUGGCAAAAACCAUUACUUCAUUGCCAUUACUCAACCGAGCCGAUCAUGUGCUCAAUCGAUAGAUGGCAUGGAGAGUGAUAACCUUUUCUCAAUGGGAGCUGGUGAAGGACCUGAAGAAAAACGUGCUUAA